AUGCGUUACCGUCUUCCUGAGUCAGAAGCGAAGAGCGUCAGGUUGUGUCGACGCGUGUGCGGAUGGCUCGCGAUGAAGCCAGCUCUCGGGUCCCGCUUUUUCUUCCUCAUUUGCGUUCUUACGUGCUCGGCUCACAAUGGCGCUGAAGAGAGCCUCUGCCCGAAAGGAACUAUAUGCGCGAGAGGCCUCAUACUUCCGAUCGACGAGGAGCCCCGACCGGUGGCUGUGUGGACAGAGAAGGGCGACGGAGUGAGGGUCGACGGGCCAGGGAUUUUCAAAGACGUACGACAGCGCUCCGAGGCCAAGUGGCUGAACUUCACUGCAGUUCAACGUGGUGAAUAUUUCUUACUUCACCAUUAA